AUGGACAACAUCUAUACCGACUCUCUUACUCGCACCGUCUUGGCUCCCAGCGCUUCUCAGUCCAUCGUUGUUCUGGAUCAUGUGGGCCAGUCUGCAUUGGUCACUGCAGGAUAUGUUGCGUGGAACGUGCAGUUGGGUCAUGGUCUAGGAAAAAGACAGGAAACAGAGUCAACACCUGCCCAAACCACGCCUCCGACAACACCAACCUCUGCAGCUCCACCCGAAACUACCACUCGGCCGACGACAACGAGCGAGAGUACACCGACCACUACGAGCACAUCGAGCGAGAGUAGCACUAUUCCUACAACCACGAGCACGAGCACUACUCCUACUACCACCUCUACCAGUACGAGUACCACUGUUCCUCCCACCACGACGUCUACCACUCCUACCACUUCGAGUACCUCUACCACUGUCGAGACCUCGACAACAUCGACUCACAGUACUCCCAGCACCUCCGAGACGCCCGAAUCACGAACCAGCACCACCGAGCGAACAACCACGUCUACUCCACAGACUUCUGAGCAGCAAAACCAAAACACCAGUCAGGCAGGCAAUUCACCCAAUACUCCCACCCCUACACCCACGCCCAAUCCUGGCUCUUCCCCCACGCCGACACCGCCCCAGACCAACCAAGGAGGAAACACCGUAUCUCAGACGGGCACGCUCACCACCAUUUCCUCGUUCUCGACCACCACACUCCCCGAUGGAUCUCGGUCUACCCUCACAGUUCUCGUCACGAGCUCUAUUCCUCCCAGCGGUGGCCUCAACGAAACCGAGACAGGAAACAGCCAUAGUAAUUCGGGCUCGAAUGGCCGUGCAGUUGCAAUCGGGCUUGGAGUGACCGGAGGAUUUGUGGCCCUUAUCAUUUUGAUAUUCGGUAUUACUUGGCACAUUCGUCGCAAGAGGAGGAACGCCAUGCCAUUGGAUGAAAGUGAAAUUUGGGGCUCGCACGAAGCCAAGACUCCGCCGCAAGGUAAUCUCGCACUCAACGCCCAGGCUACUGGCUAUACCUACAACCCUUAUGGCGAAGUCCGGCCCGCGGCGUAUGCACCUGUCCCCACCGCCAUGCCCCCACCCCAUCCUCGACCGAUGGUCUUGGCCGAAUCGGACGAGAACCGUCUGUCUGCUGGUAGCUACGGCCCCCAACCGAGCGUAGGACCGAGCGUCCCGUUAUUGAGCCGCACCAAAACGGCCGACGAGAUCCUGUACGAGGCCGCGCGCGAAGGUCUGCCCAAGUCUCGAGCCAGCAGCGCCACCGCGUCACACCACACGCGCCCAUCCGAAACGGGAGUUUCAUAUCGCCAAAAGACGUCCUACGCCGCCUCGCACAAGACACACGGAUCGUCUGCCAGUCGAGCUUCGGGUUCUGCCGUUGGGCUGCUCGAUCGUCCGCCAACGCACGCCACCACGCACGACGAGGAUGGGUUGUCUGAGCCUGAGAGGCCUGCGUCUCCUGUGUCGAUUGCUGCCCCCCGUCUGGCGAUCGUGAACCCUGAUCUGGAUAAGGAUGUGUAG